AUGACUGCAGCCUGUUUUAAACAAAACAGUUUAGUGUUAGUAGGAAAAUGUAACAAUCAAUGCUUGGAGCAUAAAAGUAUAGGUCAUGCCAGCACUGUAGUAAGUUCAUUAUUUCCAUUUAAAAAUGUUGAGAACAAUGAUAUUGAGGCUAUAAACGUUGGUUGCUUAACUAUCGGUCUUGGUAAAUGUCCACUUGGCCACUGUGUAGCGUCCCGAGACUUCCGUGAAGACAAAGGAAGACACAGUACUCGGGCAGAAUAUGUGUGUUCGGCCCAGGGAAGGUGUCUGGGCUACUGGCAUGGUCCGAAGGCCAGCCCACCCAGCGAGCCAAAAAGCACAAAAGAAAUAGAAAAUAAGCAACGCUUGAAAUUCAAAAAGCAUUCGGAGAACGAUCACCCAUCCCAACCAAAGGAAAGGGAAGAAGUUAAGGAAAAAACUUCAAGCAAACAUCAUUCUGAAUCAGUGAUGCCUCUUCACGAAACUAAUAUGGAUGAAAGUAGGAAUAAUGAGAAAAAGAAAAGGACGCCCCAAGACCAAAGGAGGCGUCGAAGCUCUUCAGACGUCAAGGGGUCCGCGAAUCGUCCAACUAGUGGAGUGGUGGAGAAUGAAACGACCAGAAAUGUACAUAGAAGUGAAGACGUCCAUCGGGCUGAGUCCUCGUUACCUAAAAAGAAGUCGAAACACUUACAAAAGUCCAAGUCGGAAGGUGACGUGGUUGUGGUGAAAACUUACCGAAGCAGUACAGUGACUCAAAAGAAGGGGGAGGAGGGGGAGGCGAAAGUCGAAAAUCCAGAACCUUCAUUUCCUUCAGUGUAUGAACUCCAAACAAGUCUGCCCGCAGGAAAGCGGAGAACUCUGCUGCUCAGCAAUGUACCUAUGCAGGACAAAGCUCCAGAUAACAAGGAGUCGCCAAACGGAACUUGUGACUUUGGGAUCAAGAAUCUGUUCAGCAGCAUGAAGAAUCAAUUAAUGACACUGCCUAGGAAGCAUCCCUCAUCUAAAGUGACUCACGUAGAGACUCGCCAUUGCCCUGAGGGGUUAAGCUCAGCCAAGAGUCGAGCGUUAAUAACCUGUACUUAUGAUUCAAAUGGACAGUCACAACCUCUGAAUUGGGAACCCGAGUUCUCGGUACCUGUUGAUCUGAGACUAUCGCUGAUUGGUCUGAAUAUUGUUUACUGUUCAACGGACCAACCGGAUCGUGUACCCAGUACUGGCAGAUAUUGGUGCUCGGAUAACUUCUAUAAUGGCAACUCUACAGCUGCAUGCACCUAUGUGCUCUGUGAUGGGCCACAACCUCCCAUAUUGACGAGUGGAGAGCAGAUAGCAAUCCAGAUAGCAGCCUUCCUCCUAAUAUGCAUUACUGUCGCUGUCUGCGUUUUCACCUGGCGAAGUUUUCGCUCCGAGAAGGCUGGUUGCAUGAAUCCCUACAACGGAAUCGUCCCCUCGCAUCAACAAGAGGCUCAAAUGGAGAUCGUGCUCUAG